ACACUCAACAGUUAAGCGUCCAUAUGUCGGUCUACUCAGUUUUACCCGUCUCAUUUUACACCAUUAUUCACACUUUUCUACCCACAGCAAACGUCCUUUCCCAAUUAGACAGAUAAACACACAUAGCCUUAACACACACACACACACACACACACAUGGGUACGUUUUUUUCCCCCAUACUUAUAUAAGAUAUUUAGCACAAAGUAAUCUAUGUACAUUUGAAAGCCUGAAGUGUGGCUGAUUGUUUUGAUUGGUUGAUUAAUUGAUUAAGAGCACAUAGGUCUAUGACUUGUGGUAUAAAGCAGCAGAUCCGUGUGUUUAGAAGUGCUCAGUAGUUUCACUGAUCAGCUGCACUCUAGGCAUUAUUAAUGCGAAUAGGUAGGCUACUUUGUAACAUACACACACACACUGUGAUCCUGUAGAAUCGCCUUGUGUGCUGAUACCUAUUACUUUGAAUUUUGUAUAAGCCUAAUCAACUGGUUAGUUAAGCAGAGUAUGACAGUUUGAGAUCAGCAUCAGUUAAAUAACUGCUGUCACGAUAUCUAACAUGUAACUAUGUGCUAGAAGUAGGCUACUGGGCCUAAAGCUAACACGACUGACCGAACUAAAAAGUUGUCAUAUGUUGGCCAUACAAAAAUAUCCCAAAUUUUCCCUUAAAUUUCCUGUGUAAAGGAAGUAGCGCUCCCUGGCGCUUCCUGUGCGCGAGCGCUCGUACAGCAGUGUGUGUAGAAAAGAUGUAAAGAUGGCGGAGCUGCAGAUGCUCUUGGAGGAAGAAAUUCCCGCAGGUCGGAGAUCGUUGUUGGACAGUUUCACAAAUCUCGAAAGAGUUGCUGAGUACUGCGAAAGUAACUAUAUACAGUGUCCUGAUAAGCAGAGAGCUCUUGAGGAGACCAAGAGCUACACCACCCAGUCCUUGGCCAGUGUCGCCUACCUGAUCAACACCCUCGCCAACAAUGUGCUCCAGAUGCUCGACAUCCAGGCGUCCCAGCUACGCCGCAUGGAGUCCUCCAUCAACCACAUCUCACAGACGGUUGACAUCCAUAAAGAGAAAGUGGCCAGACGGGAGAUUGGCAUCCUGACCACCAAUAAGAACACUUCCCGCACGCACAAGAUCAUCGCCCCAGCCAAUCAGGAGAGGCCUGUGCGCUACAUCCGCAAGCCCAUUGACUACGGUGUGCUGGAUGACGUCGGCCAUGGGGUUAAGUGGUUGCUUAGGUUCAAGGUGAGCGCCCAGAACAUGAAGAUGGGGGGGCUUCCCCGCACCAACCCCCCCACCCAGAAGCCCCCCAGCCCUCCCAAGGCUGGAAUGGGAACCCUCGGGCGCCACUCCCCCUACCGGACACUCGAGCCUGUGCGCCCCCCCGUCGUCCCUAAUGACUACGUCCCCAGCCCCACGCGCAACAUGGUGCCUGUCAAUCAGCAGAGCCCAGUGCGCACGGCCUCCGUUAGCCAGAGGAGCCGCACCUACAGCAGUGGGAGCAGUGGAGGCAGCCAUCCCAGCAGCCGAAGCAGCAGCCGGGAAAACAGUGGAAGCGGCAGCGUCGGGCUGCCCAUCGCCGUGCCAACGCCAUCGCCACCAAGCGCCUUCCCAGGCAUCACCCCUCAGUUCUACAGCAUGAACAGGCCCAUGCCCAGACAAACAGCGCCCCCUGUGGGAGGUUCGCUGCCCUACCGGCGGCCCUCGUCAGUCACAGCUCAUCCCAGCAUGCCCUUAAACCAACAGAACGGAGGGCCCUGCUACAACCAGAGCCAGAGCCAAGUGUCUUUGGGCUCCCCUCCUCCCCCCUCCAUCCUCCAGAUCACCCCCCAGCUUCCGCUCACAGGGUUUGUGGCUCGCAUGCAGGAGACCAUCUCAGACGCGCCUCCUCCCCCUCCCCCUGCCGAGGAGCCGGUGUUUGAGGAGGCGCAGGCCCCACCUCCUCCUGAGGAGUAUGAGGAGGAGGAGUCGGCCGUGGUGGAGUACAGCGACCCCUACGCAGAGGAGGACCCGCCCUGGGCCCCCAGGACAUACGUGGAGAAGGUGGUGGGGAUCUACGACUACGCUCGUGAUAAGGAGGACGAGCUGUCCUUCCAGGAGGGUUCCAUCAUCUACGUCAUCAAGAAGAACGACGACGGCUGGUACGAGGGCGUCAUGAACGGCACCACCGGCCUGUUCCCCGGCAACUACGUCGAGUCCAUCAUGCACUACGCAGAGUGACCACGCACCUGACCUGUCAGUCACAGCCCACGGCCCGCCCCCAUGCCACAGUCCUUCCUUCAUUACACAGCUUUACCACACACACACACACACACAUUUCACAAACCCCUCAUAUUACAUAUAUAUAUACUGUGUGUGUGUGUGUGUGUGUGUGUGUGUGUGUGUACACUGAUGAGGUUUACUACAGAAGUGUGCUGAAUUGAAAGAGAUUUUGUGUGUGUGUGUGUGUGUGGUGAGGGGGAGAUGAGAGGAUUACUAAAGGGGUUUGAACGGCAAAGACUUUUGGGGCAUGAUGGUCGCUUAUGUAGACACUGCAAAUGUGCAAUGUGCCCAAAUCAAAUGAAACCCAUAAUAAAACGAUUACGGUCGCUGAUGUAUACCCUUAUGACAUGAAGGAUACCACUGAGAUGUAGAGGAAGAGAAAUCAUGGACAACCAUGGCGUUUUAUUUUCUUGCAUUUUUUUUUGUUAAACUGGAUUGCUUUAGAUUGAAGAUUUAUUGUGUCUUUACAUCGACCAGGGAUCAUCAAUCACAAGUGUUCCUCUUGGCAUGCUCAGAUCAGCCAAUCAAAGUCAAGCAGUUAGUUCCUAGUCUGCUCUGUGAUUGGCUACUGGAUCUAGGUGCAGUGAAUUUUGAAAGUUGACGUGACACUUUGCUUGACUUUUAUUUUUCAACAAGGAUUAUGUCUUGGAGUGGAUUUACGAGUCCUGUUCGAAUUACACUUUGAACCUUUGGUUGUAAUUCCUGUCAGGUUGUGCAGAACACAUUUCAGGGAUGAGGACCUUUUUAAAAAGGGAAAUCAUGUUGUCAGCAGAUAGAGCAGCGUGGGAUCAGAUGCUAGUCUGUUUCCAAAGCGACACCUUCAUUCAAAGUUUGCUCUUGUUUGCUUACCUCCUCAUCGUAUUUUUACUGAAAAACCCAACGUAACGUGAGAGAGAAUAUCGAACAGGAAAACUAGGACAUCUAAACACUAUUAAUUUCAUUGUUUAUACCCACGUUCAGUACAUAGCUUUAUCUUUUCAAAUUAAUUCCAGGCGUCAUGUCGUUGUGUGUAAUAAUAUUUCUCUGACCUUUUUUUUUUUUUUUUUUUAAACUUGUCAGUUGGCGUCAGCAGUGUCUGUAGUUUGCUGUAUUCUUUCUGCAGCCUUCAGAGCCAGUCGGCACAAAAUGGCGUCUCUGACAUCUCUACCACAGGGGUGUAUGGGGUGGGUCUCCAUGCAGACACACAGAAGAUACAAGCCUGAUUUUGCACACAUUGGCCCAGUUUGCUCCCUUUGAGAAGGAAGAGUGGAGCCGCUCCCAACCCUAAUGCAGUACUGUGCCGUGGCGGCAGCAUCCCAUGAACACUUGUGGAUUCAUUCCUCUACGCUUUUUGUACAUUUUUAAAUGUUUACUUUUUUUUGUCACCAUUUUCUGUUGGCUCCCAUUUUCUGUAGUGAAUCCUUUGGUUUGUUCUUGUUGUUGUUUGUUUUCUCUGUUAAUGAUAUUGGUUUUUAAAAAAAUAUAUAUGUUGUGUAUGUUGUGCUACAUAGGCUGCAUGCUUAAUACAAAUAAAAAUACCAUCUCCAUUUCACCCUUUA